CCUCAACCGGAGCCCAUCAACACUCUCCCACAAGAUUUCUGAACCGGUCGAGGCCUGCCAGACCUGUCGGAUUUGAAGCGCUCCAGAGAUACAAUCUGGUAACCUUUUGACCUUCCAAACAGGAGUUUCUAGUUCUCAGGGAAAGCUGCUCCCAAACUAUCUGCUUGCCGCCUCCGUCCUCGAUCCGUCGUUCUUUUGCAUCGCUCCACCAGUACCGAUCGCGACUUGUUUCCAACAGGCAUUUCACGUCGAAACAAUACACAAGCGACCAUAAAAAUAUACCGCAAUCACAUUACGUCUAUGUAUAUCAACAGCAAGGCCUGUUAGCCUUUGAUGGAACUGCUAAGCUUGGUCACCUCCAUCGAGACCUCUGCCCGUGCCCCGUACCUCAGUGUGUACGGCGCCACAGACAAAGACCCCAACCCUCGGGCGCAUUCCAACAUAGCCAUAAACUCCGGACCCUACCCUUCACCCACCACCGCCGAAAUGGAGAUGUCGCCCGUUUCCAACGGUACCAAUGGCGGCCAUUCCGCUUCGGCCUCCCCGCAGCCUGAACCCAAGAAUGUCAGAUUCGAGCUCGUAUCAUCCGAGUCUCCUCAACACCGCGCGCGCCUGCCAAUGCGUGUGCAGAUCUACCCCCACGACGCCACAGAGUCAAUUGUCACCACAGUCAAGAAUUUUUACGGCCUAUAUUCAAGUCCUACGAGCUCUAAGGGAGUGAGCUUUGAGGACGAGGCCGGCAAUACUAUGAUCGCGCGCUAUGAGAACUUUCGCAACAACAUGGUCGUCUAUGUGCGCGUCAUUGAGGAGCCGACUGCUUCGGCUGGCUCCUUCGGCGCACACUCAUACCAUCAUCCCAACGCUGUUGGCGCCCAGAUGUACUUCAGCCCGGACGCUUAUGGUUCCCAGGCGGGCUCGCAUGUUCAACAACAUGAGUCGCACCUGUCCAGGCCUGGCUCAAGGACCUCUCGCCGGCGCAGCCCCUCGCCCAACAUUGGGCGCAGUGCUAGGAGUACAUCAGUGGGCACCAACAACUCGGGCGCUCCCAAGUCCCGAUCGCGAUCGACAAAGUAUCGUGGUGACGGUGGCGAAAGCCACAAUGGCUACAGCAGUGGAGACGGUGCUCCUGGGUCAAACUCAGGCAGAAACAAGGAUCAAAUUGGGAAUACCGAGAUCAGUGUAGAGAACAUUGUUGAAGGCGGCCGGCGCAAGCGCGCCAAGUUUGAAAGCUCCGAACUACCUUUGUUUGCCCCGCCACAGAUGCCGGCCGCAACAUCGAAUCCUUCCGUAUCUCCUGCCCGCCGAGUCGAGCAUCACCGCGCUUCCUUGCCCUUUGUUCACCCGGGGCAGAAUCCGUUUACAAACCCUCGACCGCUUCAAUCCCCCCAGAGCAAUGGCAAUGGGUUUGGCCACCCGGGCGCCUUCGUCACACCCAGCGCCGAGAGCCGUCGCACUCGUGGCAGUGUCGGGUAUCCAUCUGGAAACGGUUCUGGCCCAUCAGCCGGCAUCUUGCCCACUCCUGACCCAACCGUGGGCAGCUGCAUGUCCGAAGAAGACAAAGACGUUGCCAUUCAGCUCAUGCGUCUGGGAGAAAUUUCAAACAUAUCUCACGGCAGAACUUCAGCCUCUACUCUGGACGAUACCUUUAGUGGACGCGCAGAUGCAGCAUCCUCUGCAGGCGCCACUAGUGAUGCAGACAGCGAAAGCGAGGACGAGCAGCCCCCUGCGAGAAGACAGAAGCUAGACGUUGGUGGCGCAAGCAAGAGUAUAUAUCCGACUACUGAAAGCCACUUGGUUGGUCCUCAGAACGGCUUUGAGAUGCAGGGACACACAGGCGGCUUUCAUCACGGAAUGAAUGAAGGCUUGAUGGGUGCACCCCGGACCAAACCCAACACCAACAUGCUUCAGCAGAAUGGCACCAAGACCAAACCGAUGCCUGCACCGACCGCAAAGCCAAAAGCUCCCAAGCCAAUCAAGACGUCCAAGUCAUCCAACUCGACCAAGAACAAAAAGACAACGGCAAAUGCUCAAAAUGGGCCUAUGUCGCCCGCAUCACUACCUGCUUCGAGAAAGCCGUCCAUUGCCUCCAACGGCAGCGUGUUGGGUAUGGGUGAUGAGGAUCAACCUGAUCUCUCAAGCAAGCCUCGAUGCCAGCGAUGCCGUAAGAGCAAGAAAGGCUGCGAUCGCCAGAGACCUUGCGGCCGGUGCAAGGAUGCUGGCAUUCCUGCGGAGCUUUGCAUCAGCGAAGAUGAGGGUAACGGCCGUAAGGGUCGCUAUGGCCGCCACAUGGGUGUUCCUAUCAAGACAGACGAGGCACCCGCGCCACAACAGCCACAGAUGUUCCAGCAUCAGCAGACGCUCCUCCCAGCUGCGCCCAUUGCUCCGGCGAUCCUGCCACCGAUCUCGGCGAUGCCCCUGGACAAGAACAAGAAGCGCAAGAGAUGAUACCGCCCGCCACACGUAUAUAUGCCCGGAUGUACAUUUAUGGAAUUGGUUGGUCCUCCCAUCUUUGGGCUGACCGAGAAUCGGACACCUGUGGAUAUGUUGUAUCCGGAUCUCAGAGAUGAAAACACUACACAUCGCCGGUCUGGGUAGCUGCUGACGACCGUGCCAUAUAAAAAAAAAACAAAAAAAAAAACCCACCCACCGAUUUUUAUUUUCUCUUUCCUUGGCAUUGAACAGCUUGUUUUCUACGCUGUCAAUGAUG